AUGUCUCUACUGUGUUAUAAUAAAGGUUGUGGGCAACGCUUUGACCCAGACAAGAAUACUGACGAUGGCUGCACUUAUCACCCCGGUGUGCCCGUUUUCCAUGAUGCCCUGAAGGGCUGGACCUGCUGCAAAAGACGCACAACAGACUUCUCAGAUUUCCUCAGCAUUGCUGGUUGUACAAAAGGGCGUCAUUGUAACGAGAAGCCUGUGGAACCAGUGAAACCAGAGGUGAAGGUUACAGUGGAGAGGAGACCGCUUGAGGAUCUGAAGCCCAAGUUUGACGAGUACGUCAUUCAGGCUCCCAAACCGCUGGAGUCCGUCCAGAGACCCAGUGCUGAUGAGCCGAUGGUUAGACUGCAGCAGAGAGUGUCGCCAUCUCUCCGACAGGCAUUGGAGAAACUCAGACUAGCUGAGAACAACCAGUCUGGAGUCAAAGAGGAGGAGAAUGAGGAGAUUAAGAUUGGAACAGCGUGUAAAAAUGGAGGCUGUGAUAAGACUUUCGCUGGAUCAGACCACGAUCAGGAGGCCUGUUGCCAUCACCCAGGGGUCCCCAUCUUUCAUGAGGGGAUGAAGUACUGGAGCUGCUGCAGGAGAAAGACGUCCGAUUUCGACUCCUUUCUCUCUCAGGAAGGCUGCACCAAAGGACAGCACCUGUGGAAGAGGAAUGAUGCAGGGAAGAAGGUCGUACCAUGUCGGUUUGAUUGGCAUCAGACAGCUGGUCAGGUGAUGAUGUCCAUUUACGCUAAGAAUGCCGUUCCAGAACUCUGCUCUGUAGAAGCCAACAGUACCACGUUGAAUAUACGGAUCAUCUUUGAAGGGGAGAAAGAGUUCUCACAGCAAAUCAGUCUGUGGGGGGUGAUUGACGUCAGUAAGAGCCUUAUUAACAUGAUGGCUACCAAAACUGAGAUCGCCAUGAAAAAGGCAGAGCCAAUGAUGUGGGCAAGGCUGGACCUGCCCCCUCCCACGCCGCAGACAACCAAUCAGAACAAAGACAGCGCAGUGGAGAAUGGUGUAGCGGCUGACGCAUAGAGAGCUGGUUAUUCUUCACCGUCUCUCUGGAGCCCAUAUUAAACACC